AUGUAUUACCUUCAAAACGAUACCACUCGCCUGCCGCCAUCCGCAGCCAUCGUUGAGAACGACCUCGACGAUGAUUGCCUAUUUUGGCAGUUAGGCCUUUGCCGACACGUGUUACAUUCGAAACGAUACUACCCGCUCGUCUCCACCUGCGACCGUCGCCGAGAACGACUUCGACGACGAUUGCCUAUUUUGGCAGUUAGGCUUCUGCCGACACGUGUCCCCUUCAAAGCGAUACUCUCCGCUCGUCUCCACCUGCGACCAUCGCCGAGAACGACUUCGGCGAAGAUUGCCUAUUUUGUCGGAGAUGCCUCUACCGACAUGUAUUACCUUCAAAACGAUACCACUCGCCUGCCGCCAUCCGCAGCCAUCGUUGAGAACGACCUCGACGAUGAUUGCCUAUUUUGGCAGUUAGGCCUUUGCCGACAUGUGUUACCUUCGAAACGAUACUACCCGCUCGUCCCCACCUGCGACCAUCGUUGA